GAUAAAUGAAGAGAUAUACAUCUCCCAAAAAUGAGAAGGAAAAGAAGAAAGGCCUAUAGGAAAUGGAAACUCUUGAAUACUACAGUAUGUACGUCUCAGCCAUCUGGUCAAGCAUGUCAAAAAAAUGUGAAAGAUUUUGAAAAGGACAUAAAGGGACACACUUCAGAGGCUGUGUUUCAUCAGACCGGGGCAUUAGAGAAAUUGAAGGAAAAUGGAGAUGAGUGUGUAUCUAUUUCUAUAAAUGGAAAACAGAAUUCCUCUUUUCUCCCCAAAGAUGAGAAACAACCUCCAUGUGACAGCAAAAUACACAAGAGGAUGGAGAAUGAUGACCCUCCUUCGGCCAUCUCUUAUCCACUAGAGGAAAUCUUACCAGUGGCCAUGUUUAAUGACUGUGAAAAAUCGUUAUCGGAGAAAAUUACAACACUGAAUUUCCCAAACACAGUAGAAGCCUUAAAGCCAACAAAAGGCAAAUUUAUUACAGAAGUCAAAUGUGGAGCUUUCAAUGUACACGUGGAAACCACAAAAAGUGUUUUGUAUAAAACAGGAGCUCAGUUUCCAGUGAAAAAGCGAUGCCCAACAUGUCACCAGCAUUAUUCUGUCCAGCAAGCACAGAGAGGCUCCACAGCUCGGGGCCACUUCCCUAAAUACAGAUCUGUAUUAGCAGAAGAUUUCAAGCCCAAGGUACCAUCUGCAUGCAAAGGAGAGGUUUCUAGAAGUGAGAUCCCUUCAAUAAACAUAAACAUUGCAGGAAAAGAAAUAAUGGUUGAAUAUGCAAGUAAAAAACAGAACAUAUUCAUCAAUGUAUCUCAUCCUAAAAGCAUAGGAAAAUCGACAAAACAAAGAAAAAGUUCCUUGAAUCAAACCACGAAAGAACCUUGUCAGUCUCCUUCACAGCCUGCUAUAAAUCUCCCUGAAAACUGGAGCCUUGAAAACCAGAGUUCAAAUGGUUUGCAUGACGCUCCCUGUAGUGUGAAUAUUGUCCAGAAAGAGGAUUCAGACAAAAUUGUGGUUUCUCUAAGCUCACCUCUCAGGAGGGAGACAAAGAAACCCAAUAUACUGCCUUCUGCCUCAGAUGAUUCAGAAGAGAAAGAUUCUGCCACAUCUCAGCAGAAGGUCCUUCAAAUUAUUCAAGACAAUCCCCCAAAGCAACAUUUCUUCACAGCUGACUCUUGUCUUCCUACCUCAUCUGAAACCUUAAGGACCACAAGUUUAAAUAACAUGGAUUUAAAUAAAAUGUCUUUUGAGGAUUCUAGGGAUGUGGAUAAAGAGAGAAAAAACAGCUCUCAUGUCAAGGAAAAUAUCAUCUUGGAUUCUCAAGUACGGCCAUGCACAGCAGGAACAAAUGGUCCCCUAAGUACUAUGGGUGGUGUAAUUCCCAUCCAAGAUGCCUCAGACUCUGAAUUUUGUCCUUUGUCUUUUCUAACCAUGCAACUCUUGGGAGAAAAAGCAGGCAACACCAGCUGCCGCGGCAACAGAACUCUACCAGCAGAAGACUGUGACAAGUCAAGUUCUUCUUCCCCUGUCAGUGAACAUGUUCUGAAGCCUUCUCCUUUGCUCAGUCCAUCUCACAAGGGCACAAGACAUUCAGAACUUGUCGAGACUUCUGAGAACACAUUUUCCUUUAGCCAAUAUAUUGGGAUUGAGACAGAGCAGGAGAAAGUACAUGGUGAUGUGACUUACAGAGACAUUAAUGAGCCUAUGUUACACAGUGACUCUCCUGCAAACACACAGACUGCAACUGUCGGGCUUGCACCCUGCAGCAGCCUAGCUUCGAAGAGCCCACUUCAUGGUGAUAUACACAGCUCUGUGGGAUGUGAUCAAACAGAGGACCCUGCAAAUCAUGUAGAGACAGAAGCGCCAGUUCUGGCCUCCAUAACUGAUGAGUUCGAGCAGAGAGUUGCUACUCAGAAUUGCAGAGAAGACACAGUUGAUUCUAACUGCCCCACGGCAAUAAGAAACCCUAGAGAGUCAACAGGCUAUCAGGAAAAUGUCGAAAUACCAGUGGUGAAUGGUAUGUGCCACGGAGAUUUUGAAGACCUAACUGGUGAGAAUCAGAAUGAAAUCUGUUCUCAAAUGGACUUUCCACCAGACUCCACUGGGUCUGCCUGUACAGGACAUGCUACAGAAAAGCUGUUUCUUAUGGAUAAGACACUAACCGGUGACACAGAUCCAAAUAGUAGUGAAGGUGACAAAAGUCUUGGACUGAACAACUUCAAACAGGAAGCAGCAGAGUACCAAAGGACUGUAUCAAGGGGACACCCUGAAGAACGUGAGAACAAAAGUGACCCCACAGAAACUCCCUGUCACCCUGUGGACAUAUUGCUGUCGCCGCAGAGCCAGAAGGCUCUGAAAGACCAGAAUUUGGAAAACAGUAACCCCCGCAAACUAUCGCAGGAAUUGGCUCAAAGAGGUGAAAGAGCCAGUGACGGUUCCCAGGAAGAAGCCAUAGAGCAGUGGGCCAGAAGGAGGCAGCAGUUCAGGGACGGCAAGAGAUGCAGCUCAGCUGGGGGCAGCUCUGUCAUCAGCAACUUCACUGAAGGCUCCGUUACCUCGGAUGAUGCUUAUUCUCCAGAUUUUGGCUUUCGAGUUGAUAUUGAAGAGAAGGGAUUCUACACCGAGAAUUUUCAUUCAACAGCAUGGGUUUUCCGAGGUGAUGAUGGAAAUCCUGAAGACAGCCCCAGAUGUCUUAGUAAAAAGCCAAGACCAGUAGCUGUUCGUGAGCGCACUGUGAGACUAUUCAAAGGAACUGGAGAUUACCCCUGGGGAUUCCGGAUUCAGUUCUCCAAACCAAUCGUGGUGACGGAAGUGGACACCAACAGUGCUGCUGAGGAAGCUGGACUCCAGAUUGGAGACGUGGUGCUGUCUGUCAAUGGCACUGAGGUCACCAGUGUUGAGCAUGCAGAAGCUGUGCACCUUGCAAAGAAAGGUCCAGACAUCUUGACUCUAGUGGUGGGAUCUGACAUCAGCCGCUGUCCCAAUACCCCAUGGCCCACCUGUCGUGGCUACCUGCAUAAGAGGACUCACUCGGGCUUUGUGAAGGGCUGGAGGAAGAGGUGGUUUGUGUUGAAGCAUGACGGCUAUCUCCUCUAUUACAAACACAGAAAGGAUGAAGAGAAGUGGCCACCUCUAGACAUAAUAAAAUUAGAAGGAGCAGAAAUUGAUGUUGACAAUAGCUUGGGAAAACCAUUUGUGUUUAACUGUAUGCCUCAGUCUGGAAGUAGAAUAUUUUGCCUCUGUGCAACUUCAAACCAAGAGAUGAAAAGGUGGCUUGAAGCAAUGCACAAAGCAGCCCAUCCUGUCCGCCAGAACCAUGUCUGGGAAGAUGUUACGCUGCACAACAGUAGGCUCCCACCUCUUGCUAUCAAAAAUCCUGAAUGCCUGGGCCUUCUGCACCAGCUGGAGAGAAGCACAGGAGAGUGGCUCCAGCACUACUGCAUUCUGAAGGAUGGCUGCUUGUACUUCUAUGCUAGCAUUCGCUCCACUCAGACAUCGGGCGGCCUGUAUCUCCAAGGAUAUAGGGUGACUGAACAGACCCAUGGCUUCGAACAAUCAGUAAUUGAACUCAAACCUCCAUCAGAAGAGUUCAGGACUUUCUAUUUCUGUGCAGAAAAUAAAACAGAAAAUCAGCGCUGGAUUACAGCUUUGAAAACAUCAAUCAAAAAAUGGCUUCCUUUGGACCAGGCCAUUCAAGAGUUCAUGAAUCGACCUCUAGAGGAGACUAGAAUGUGAAAGAAACUGUAAAUAAAAAGACAAUUUUGACAAAGGUGUCCCCAAUUUGAUAAAAGAAAGGAAACAUUUCUGAAAUAUAGUUUUCAAAUGAAUCUACUCCUUAUAUGUUAAAAGUUGGAGCAACUGACAUCAGUGUUCAAGUAUUACACUUACAUCACAGACUCCUCCCUAGCCUGUUUACAUUUGCAUCAGCAUACCUUAGCUCCCCUACCUCAAGCCUUUGAAAACAUCAAUAAACAUAUAUUUGUC